AUGAACACUUUCGCAAAGACGAGCAUCGCGAUGGUCAUGGUGGCAGGGCUAAUGUGCGCCUGCGAGGCCGGAGUGCUAGCAGCAGCCCCGGUAGCUCCAGCGGCGAUAGGCUACACCCACGUGGUGCCGCACAACGUAUUUCCAUUCGCCUCGAGAGUCGACCUCGAGACCAGAGUCAGGGCAGCGCCGCUCCUCGCUCCGCUCGCCGCUCAUCCCCUGCUACCCGCACCAGCCCAUCAUGCCCCGCUGGUCGCGGCACCGGGACCUAUCGCUGCUGCUGUACCGCCGUUUUUCGCCCCAGCUCAUCACGCGUUGGCGGCACCCUACGCCCUGCCUGCGCCGUUUUUUUCAUAG